GCGGGAAGAGAGAGACAAACGAAAUUCAGAACCCGAUCUGCUAACGAAAGAGUGAAGUUCUGUGGUGAUUCUUGCUCUCUAGGAUCCACAAUGUCCUCUCGCGGAGACAGAGAGAAGGGCGUCAAUGUUCAGGUUCUCCUCCGUUGCAGGCCAUUUAGCGAGGAAGAGUUGCGGAACAAUGCACCACAGGUUAUCACCUGCAAUGAUUACACCAGAGAAGUUGCGGUGUCUCAGAACAUUGCCGGCAAACAUAUAGACAGAGUUUUCACAUUCGAUAAGGUUUUUGGUCCUUCUGCAAAGCAAAAAGAUCUUUAUGAUCAGGCUAUCAUCCCGAUAGUAAAUGAAGUUCUUGAGGGGUUUAAUUGCACCAUAUUUGCAUAUGGUCAAACUGGCACGGGGAAAACAUACACAAUGGAAGGCGAUUGCAAAAGGUCAAAGAGUGGGCUGAAUGGAGAGUUGCCUCCAGACGCAGGAGUAAUACCUAGGGCUGUCAAACAGAUUUUUGAUACCCUUGAGAGCCAAAAUGCUGAAUAUAGUGUGAAGGUCACUUUUCUAGAAUUGUAUAAUGAGGAGAUCACUGAUUUGCUUGCCCCUGAUGAAAUUUCCAAAGUUGCUUUGGAGGAGAAGCAGAAAAAGCAGCUGCCUCUGAUGGAAGAUGGUAAAGGUGGAGUUCUUGUAAGAGGUUUGGAGGAAGAAAUUGUGACAAGUGCUACGGAGAUCUUCACUCUUUUGGAAAGGGGCUCUGCCAAAAGACGUACUGCAGAAACAUUAUUGAACAAGCAAUCAAGUCGGUCACAUUCCUUGUUUUCGAUAACAAUACACAUAAAGGAACCAACCCCAGAAGGGGAAGAACUAAUAAAAUGUGGAAAGCUGAAUUUAGUGGAUCUAGCCGGCUCAGAAAAUAUUUCUCGUUCCGGUGCUAGAGAGGGUCGUGCAAGAGAAGCUGGAGAAAUUAAUAAAAGUUUGCUUACUUUAGGGCGGGUGAUUAGUGCUCUUGUGGAGCACCUUGGCCAUGUUCCUUACAGGGAUAGCAAGCUGACGCGUUUACUGCGUGAUUCACUUGGCGGGAGAACCAAGACCUGUAUCAUAGCCACUGUUUCUCCAGCUGUUCAUUGCUUAGAGGAAACGUUGAGCACACUGGAUUAUGCACAUAGGGCAAAGAACAUAAAAAAUAAACCCGAGGUUAACCAAAAGAUGAUGAAAUCCACCCUUAUCAAGGACCUUUACGGAGAAAUCGAACGCCUCAAGGCAGAGGUUUACGCUGCACGGGAGAAAAAUGGAGUCUAUAUACCGAAGGAAAGAUACUAUCAAGAAGAGAGCGAAAAGAAGGCUAUGUCAGAUCAGAUUGAGCAGAUGGGGAUCACAUUAGAAACGCAUCAGAAGCAACUGGAGGAUUUGCAAAACAAGUACGUUGAUCAGGUUCGCCAAUGCUCUGAUCUGAGCCAGAAACUUGAUUCCACUGAGAAAAGUUUGAACAAGACUAGCAAAUUGCUUGCCAACACCGAGGAAGAACUAAAUAAAUGCCGUUAUACUCUGAAAGAGAAGGAUUUCAUCAUUUCUGAGCAGAGAAAAGCAGAAAAUGCUCUGGCUCAUCAAGCAUGCGUAUUGCGAGCUGAUCUGGAGAAAGCCCUCCAUGAUAACGCCUCAUUGUUUUUGAAAAUUGGUAGAGAAGACAAAUUGAACACAAGCAACAGAGCCCUGGUGAACAAUUUUCAUGUGGACCUUGUCCAACAAGUUGGUUCACUUUGUAAUACCGUCACAACAUCAUUGGCUCGACAGAAUGAACACCUUCAAUGCGUGGAAAAUCUGUGCCAUUCGUUUUUAGGAAUUCACGACAAGGCGGUAAUUGAUGUUAGAAAGAAAGUGGCUGCUUUAAGGGCUUUGCAUAAAUCUCAUGUCGAGGCAAUGCAAAAUGUUGUGCGUUUGCACAAGGCGAACUCUGAUGCUACUUUGGAUGAAAUAUCAUCUCUUAGUGUCUCGAAUUGUCAUUCUAUUGAAGAAUUUCUCGCAUCUGAGGUCGCCCAAGCAGGUUCUAUAUUUGAUGAUCUUCAUAGUUCUCUGACAACUCAGCAGGGGGAAUUUGCAGCUCUUGCAAGGGAUCUACGACAUAGAUUCAACCAUAGCUUUGAGCAAACAAAGGAGAUAUCUGAGUGCACUCAAGAAUUUGUGGAUAAGCUUUUGGAAGAAUCUAAAAGGCUUGAAAAUUUUGCAUCACAAGCCGAUGAAACGCAGACAAAGAGCAUCGCUGAGUUUAAAAAAGUUUACGAGGAGCAGUCCAGAUCUGACGCAGAGAAGCUUAUUGCUGAUAUGACUGGUUUAGUGUCUAAUCACAUUCGUCGGCAAAUGGAUCUGGUAGAUGCAAGGCUUGUUGAUCUUAGAGAAAGUGGCAUCGCGAGCAAGUCAUUCCUGGAUGGACACGUGUCAUCAGUGGGAGAAAUUAUGACUCAUGCGAAAAGGAAAUGGCAGGCCUUUUGCACGCAAGCUGAAAAGGAUGCCAAUGACACUGCUGAUUAUUCUGCAGUUAAGCAUUGUCGCAUGGAGGAACUCUUGCAGCAGAGUUUUGGCGUGAUUGAUUCAGCGCGAGAACACACAAAGAAGACGCAUAAGGCUGUUAAUGAGAUGGGGACCGAACACGUUUCCAGAAUGGAGUCACUUAUCAGGAAUGCUUCUGAUAGCAACGCAUUACAUGACACGGAAAUCCAUUCUGCCCGGGUGGCUGCAGAGGAAGAUAUGGCAAAGAACAGUGAGGAUACCCUUCAGCAAUUUGAUGACCUCGAUGUGAAAGAGCGGGAAACCAUAUGUGGAAUGUUAGGUGUCGUCAAAACUCACACAAACACACUAGAGACUUUUAGAGAGGAUCACACUGGCCAGGCUGAUUCUAUUAAAGAGAAGGCUCGUGAAACUUUUGGGCAGCAAUAUCGGGACUAUGAACCCACUGGGAGUACACCAAUCAGACAAGAGUCAGAUGUUCCGAGUAAGGAGACAAUAGAGUCCCUAAGAUCCUUGCCAAUGGAAUCUCUGCUUGAGGAAUUCAGAGAAAACAAUUCUUAUGAUUCAUUUGGUGUAAAGGAGUUGAAACCAUCACUUAUUCCACGUUCUCCUCUCAGCCAGCUAAACUAACGGAGUGGGAUGGGGGACUUGCUCCUUUAUGCCCUUUAAGGGAUCAAAAUUGUGUCUGUAGCAUCACAUCACAUUGUUUUUUUUUUUUGGCAACCAUUGAGAGUUGUAACCAUGUAUGCUCGGAUGACAUAGUGUAAUGCGGAUCCCAUCUGGGGAUCUGAUUGGGUAUGAAAUUAUGAUAUUUGUAACAUCUUCAACUGUCCACAUCACUAUUAAAUUAUCAUCAUUUGUUGAGCCUCUUGCCACUGGAGGCAUUGUUUCUA